AUGUUGUGCGCUUGCUCCUCCGGGGAGCAAUUCAAAUUUGAAGAGCCGCCACCGCAGUCGCCGGAGUCUCUCGCAACAAGGGAUUUCUCUGCCAGUGGACUUUCUUCGAGGAAUGCGGAUUGGGAAUCGAAGUUUGAUGAAACCCAAGUAGAAGAAGUUGAAUCUACUCUAAAAGAAGCACUUUCCUUAAACUAUGAGGAAGCAAGGGCCCUGCUGGGGAGGCUUGAAUACCAAAGAGGGAAUUUUGAUGCUGCCCUCCAAGUAUUUCAAGGUAUAGACAUCAAGGGUUUGACCCCAAGGAUGAUCAGGGCAAUUGCUGAAAGAACCAAGCAAAGAAAACCACGUUCCAAGGCAGAUAUCGUGAUUCCAAAUGUGAUGUCAUUGCAUUCAGUAAGCCUGCUUCUUGAGGCAAUUUUGCUUAAAGCAAGAUCAUUAGAGGAGCUUGGGCGAUACAUUGAGGCUGCAAAGGAGUGCAGAAUAAUUCUGGAUACGGUUGAAUCUGCCUUUCCUAAUGGAAUGCCCGAGAGUAUUGGUGAAGAUUGUAAGUUGCAAGAAAUGUUCCAUAGAGCAUUGCAGUUGCUUCCGAGCCUAUGGAUCAAGGCAGGCUUUCUAGAUGAAGCUGUCACUGCAUAUCGUCUUGCUCUGGUCAAGCCAUGGAAUUUGGAACAACGAAGGUUGGCUGGUGUACAAAAAGAUUUAGCUACAAUGCUACUCUAUGGUGGUGUUGAAGUAAGCCUACCCUCUCAGUUGCAAGUGUGGGGUCAAACAACACCCAUGAGUAACGUUGAGGAAGCAAUACUUUUGCUAUUAAUACUCAUGAGCAAAGUAGCAAUUCAGAAAAUAGAGUGGGAUGCUGAAAUAAUGGAUCAUCUUACAUUUGCACUUUCAGUUACUGGGUUGUUUGAGCCAUUGGCAGAUCAUGUAGAGCAGAUCCUUCCAGGUAUCUAUAGUCGAGUUGAGAGGUGGUACUUUCUUGCUCUAUGUUAUAGUGCAGCAGGGCAUAAUGAAGCAGCAUUGAACCUUUUGAGGAAGGCUUGUGGUAGUUCUGAAGCAAAGCAUAGACUCCAUUUUCCUUCAUUUUUGUUUGGAGCUAAACUUUGUUCCCAACAUCCUGGCCAUGCUCGUGAAGGCAUUAACUUUUCACAUGAAGUUAUCAAUCUAGCUAAGUACCAAAAUGAGCAUUUUUUGAGUCAAGGAUACAAGUUUCUUGGCGUUUGCUAUGGGGCUGCAGCUAGAACUUCUGUACUUGAUUCUGAAAGAAGUAUGUUUCAAAGAGAGUCUUUGAACUUUCUAAACUGUGCUGCUGUAUAUGGAAAUGGUGACCCGGAUGUGAUAUUCAGCCUUGGACUGGAGAAAGCAAUUCAAAGGAAUCUGGAUGGAGCUUAUGACAAUAUAAUGAUGUACUCAGACGCGACUGUUGGUAGUUCAGGAAGAGGUUGGCAGUUGUUAGCACUCAUAGUAUCCGCACAGCAGCGGUUCAAGGAUGCUGAAACUAUAAUUGAUUUUGCUUUAGAUGAGGCUGGAAGGAUGGAUCAGCUAGAACUUCUAAGAUUGAAAGCAGUACUUCAAAUUGCUCAGCAGGAACCCAAGCAAGCAAUAGAGACCUACAGAAUCUUGCUAGCACUAAUUCAAGCAAGAAAAGAGCUUUGGCUUCAAGAUAAGAACUUUGAUCAAGCAAAAGCAUUCAGGCAUGAGGGAUUAACCGAAAGGAAGUUGGAAAUGGAAGCCUGGCAGGAUUUGGCUAGCAUUUAUGCAGAUGUUGGUUCCUUGCUUGAUGCAAAAGCUUGUGUUAACAAAGCCCAGUUGAUAGAUUUUUUCUCUCCAAGAAGCUGGCAUAUUACAGGGUUGUUGUUUGAAGCUCAAUCAUUAUACAAACAGGCAUUUGUUUCCUUUUCAGUAUCAUUGUCGAUAGAACCAGAUUACGUUCCCAGUAUCAUUUCAACUGCAGAAUUGUUGCUGAAACUUGGUUUGCAAUCACUUCCAAUUGCAAGAAGCUUUUUAAUGAAUGCUUUGCGAUUAGAACCCACAAACCACAAUGCUUGGUUCAACCUCGGAUUGAUUUCGAAAACAGAAGGUUCAUUACAGCAAGCAGCUGAUUUCUUUCAAGCUGCAUACGAACUGAAGCUUUCGGCUCCAGUGCAAAAAUUUGAGUAAUUGAGUUGAGACUUAGGGAAAAUACCCGUAAUGUUUUUGGUCGAGGGAAAGUGAGCUUGACUAAAAGCAAGAUAUAAAGCCCGCGAGCAGCGACUAAA